AUGCACCUCCUCCCACCGCUCUAUCAAAUCAUUCCUCUGAUCUUCAUGCUCUUCACGAGCAGCGCGACGGUGUAUGCGCGCUGCCUCCUGCCCCGCCAAGUCGCAUCCGGGACUACCACCACCGCCACCAACAACAACAGCAGCAGUGCGAUCCGCUGGGUGGAUUGCACGACGCACGUCCCGUUUCCCGUUCAAGCUCAGCUGAACAUCACCAGCACUGGAACGCUUCCUUCCUCGCUCCUCCCGCUCCCGAAGUCACUCGCGUGUGGCGAGAUCGACGUGCCGAUGGAUUGGUCGCAGGCCAUGCUCCCGGGGACGAACCAGAUCACCGUCGGGUUCGCGAUGAACCGCGCGGCGUUGGGAAAGUCGGAGGGUCUAGUCCUCUUCCAUGCAGGGGGUCCGGGCCUUGACGCAGCGUCUCAGGCGUGGGUAAAUGCGCUGAAUGUGAGCGGAGCCGAGACGUUCGCUGGGUUGGAGAAUUUCGAUUUCCUGGCGGUAAACACACGCGGAAUCCAGCUGUCCAACCCGCUCAACUGCUCUUCCGGAGUGUUCUUCAAUGACAUUCCCUUUGCUUUCCCGAGCAAUCAAACGGAGUUUGACGAUUACCAGGGGGCGGUGUCAAAGUUCAUCGACUCAUGUGUGCAGAACAGCUCGCCGGCGGGGAUCGUGCAACAUGUCGGCACUGCCGAGGUUAUUCAAGACUGGGAUGCCAUCCGUGCUUCUCUUGGAUACGACGUGGUGCAUUUUGUUGGCGUUUCAUACGGCACGUUCGUCGGUGCGGCAUACGCCCAGAAGUACCCGAAUCGCGUGGGUCGAUUUGUUCUGGACGCCGUGCUCCCGCAUGGGAUGCCGUUUCAAGACAUGGUGACCGACCAAGUCUCCGCCCUCAACCGCCUCCUCCUCCGCGCCGACGCGUACUGCCUCGCCGACCCUUCCUGCCCUUUCCACGGCCAAGGCAAGGGUAGCGUCGUUGCGGCCUGGAACACCCUCCUCGACCGCGCGCCGAUCCCCGCGCCCCAAUGCGCGUCCGGCACUCGACCCCCAUCCGGCCUGCCGUGCAACUCGCCCGUGACGCAGACGGAUCUGCGGCUCGGCGCGAGCGUGCUGCUGCGCGCGAACCCGGAUUUCCCGCUGUUCAACCGCGCGCUGAACGCGUCGCUCGCGGGGGACGCGAGUCUGUUUGCGUAUGUGCCUGCGGCUGAUAUCCGCGAGAGUGUCGUGGUGCCGCUGCUGUGUUCGGAUCUGAAGACCGAUAACAGCACGUUUGCUGCGUUCGAGGAGCUGAGGACGAACGCUGCGUCGAGUGAUCCUAACCGCAUGGUGUACUCUCAGAUCUGGCAGUUCGUGCUUAUGUGCGAUGCGUGGCCAUUCUCUGCACCCGAACCCAGCGUCUUCUCGAGUGAUCUCCCGCUGAUGUGGGUCACUUCGGACUUUGAUCUCAAUCUCCCGACGGAGCUUACCACCUUCGCAUUCGAGCAUACACCAAACUCGACGCUGAUCAUCCGCCACGGAGACGACCACACGUCUAUCGCCCUCCCAAACACAGCAACUCACGCUCUCGAAAUCGCCUUCCUACAGACCGGAAUAUUCCCCGACCCCGCGGCGCCAUCGCUCAACCAGACGCUCGUCAGCGUAUUUCCACCUGGCGGGAUGCGCGGCCCGGUGCCCGAUCCGUAUAGUGUGCCGCUGGGGCAGGUGGCGGGAGACUUCAGCACGGUCGAGGAUGUACCUGGGGAGUUGAACGCUCUCAUCACUGCCAGCAGUAGAGUGGGUCAGGGCUCGCAGAAGAGUGCAGCGGUUAGGCAUGCGUGGAAGGGUGACACAAUGGUUGCAUGCUUUGGCCUUGUAUCUCUUGUUCUCAAUGCUUGA